UGGGGAUGGAGAGGGCGCCCGGUGCUGGUGAUUCAGUGCCGGGGUCUGUAGCACAGCCCGUCCCCGGCGGCGGCGGCGGAGUCAGCACACGCACGUGACGCCGGCUCCGGCUCCGGCUCCUCGGUGCCGCCACAAACACGCACACACCCCGCACACCGGCACCGCACACACGCGUUCCCCGCGCCUCCAUCCCGCCGCGCUCGCUACCGCACGCUCCUCUCGCACGCACCGCGCAAGCCGCCGCCGGGGCGAAGCUGUCGGCGGCACUCCUCGCUGGCAGCACCGGCACCAGCACCGGCAAGCGGCGAUCGCGCAAGCGGCAAGAGUUUGCGAAGGCUGCUGCGUGCCUUUUCCGAAGAGCUUUUGCGCCCAGAGGAUGGCUGGCUGCGGGCUGUCAGAAGACGCUUGCUUCUCCUCCUUCUUCUACAACUACACCUCCUCCUGGGAGACCUCCUACAACCAGUGUGCUGCUCUGGUUGGUGAAGACCAGCCUCUUUGCCCAGAUCUCCCAGAACUUGACCUCUCUGAACUAGAUGUGAACGACCUGGACGCAGACAGCUUUCUGGGGGGACUCAAGUGGUACAGCGACCAGUCGGAGAUCAUCUCCAAUCAGUACAGCAAUGAACCCGCCAAUAUUUUCGAGAAGAUAGAUGAAGAGAGUGAGGCAAACUUGCUAGCUGUUCUCACUGAAACCCUGGACAGCAUCCCUGUGGAUGAGGAUGGAUUGCCUUCGUUUGACGCACUGACAGAUGGAGAUGUGACCAACGAAAAUGCCACUAGCCCUUCCCCGAUGCCCGACGGCACCCCUCCAACUCAGGAGGCAGAAGAGCCGUCUCUACUUAAGAAGCUCUUGCUGGCUCCAGCCAACACUCAACUAAAUUACAAUGAAUGCAGUGGUCUCAGCACACAAAACCAUGCAAACACUAAUCACAGGAUCAGAACAAGCCCUGUGGUUGUUAAGACUGAGAAUUCAUGGAGCAAUAAAGCAAAGAGCAUUUGUCAACAGCAAAAGCCUCAAAGACGUCCCUGCUCUGAACUUCUCAAGUAUCUGACUACGAAUGAUGACCCUCCUCAGACCAAACCAGCAGAGAACAGGAACAGCAGCAAAGAGAAAUGCACCUCCAAAAGGAAGCCCCAUCUGCAGUCUCAGACAAAUCAUCUGCAAGCCAAACCAACAAGUUUAUCACUUCCAUUGACGCCCGAGUCACCAAAUGAUCCCAAGGGUUCCCCAUUUGAGAACAAGACUAUUGAACAAACCUUAAGUGUGGAACUCUCUGGAACUGCAGGCCUAACUCCACCUACAACCCCUCCUCAUAAAGCCAACCAGGAUAAUCCUUUCAGGACUUCACCUAAGCCGAAGUCAUCAUGCAAGACUGUUGUACCACCUUCCAAAAAGCCCCGCUGUAGUGAGUCUUCCGGUUCUCAAGGAAAUAACCCAAUCAAGAAGGGUCCAGAACAGUCUGAGCUGUAUGCACAGCUUAGCAAGACUACAGUACUGUCCAGUGGACAUGAGGAGAGAAAGACAAAACGGCCCAGUUUGCGGCUGUUUGGUGACCAUGACUACUGUCAAUCUGUGAAUUCAAAAUCGGAAAUACACGUUAAAAUAUCCCAGGAACUUCAGGACUCCAGACAACCAGAAUCUUCACCUGGGUGGCAGUGUCAGAUUUGUUCUUCUUUAGAACAAGACCAGUAUUUCAAGAAAGAGACUCUACAGACAAGUAAGCAGGGAUCCCACGGUAAUAACAGAAAACAGCUCCAAGACCAGGAAAUUCGGGCUGAACUGAACAAGCAUUUUGGUCACCCCAGCCAAGCUGUUUUUGAUGAAGAAGCAGAUCAGACCAGAGAACUAAGGGACAGUGAUUACAGUAAUGAACAGUUCUCCAAACUACCUAUGUUUAUAAAUUCAGGACUAGCAAUGGAUGGUCUCUUUGAUGACAGUGAAGAUGAAAGUGAUAAACUAUGCUACCCUUGGGAUGGGACACAAGCCUAUUCGUUAUUUGAUGUAUCGCCUUCUUGCUCUUCUUUUAACUCUCCAUGCAGAGAUUCAGUGUCUCCACCCAAAUCCUUAUUUUCUCAACGAUCCCAAAGGACACGCUCUAGAUCAAGGUCCUUUCCUCAAUGCAGGUCUUGUUCCCGUUCUCCAUAUUCCCGAUCGAGAUCAAGGUCGCCUUGUAGUAGAUCCUCUUCAAGAUCUUGUUGCUAUUAUGAGUCCAGCCACUGUAGACACCGAGCAUACAGAAGUUCUCCCUUACGUGCAAGAUCACAAUCCAGAUCACCGUGCAGUCACAGACCCAGAUAUGACAGCUAUGAGGAGUAUCAGCAUGAAAGGCUGAAGAGGGAAGAAUACCGCAAAGAGUAUGAAAAACGGGAAUCUGAAAGGGCCAAACAAAGGGAGAGACAGAGGCAGAAAGCAAUUGAAGAACGCCGUGUGAUUUAUCUGGGUAAAAUCAGACCCAACACAACCCGCACAGAACUGAGGGACCGGUUUGAAGUUUUUGGUGAAAUUGAGGAGUGCGCAGUAAAUUUGCAGGAUGAUGGAGACAGCUAUGGUUUCAUCACCUACCGCUACACUUGUGACGCCUUCGCUGCUCUUGAAAACGGAUACACUUUGCGCAGGUCGAACGAGCCUGACUUCGAGCUGUACUUCUGUGGACGCAAGCAAUUGUGCAAGUCUAACUAUGCAGAUCUAGAUUCAAACUCGGAUGAUUUUGAUCCUGCUUCCACUAAAAGCAAGUACGACUCCAUGGAUUUUGAUAGUUUACUUAAAGAGGCACAGCGGAGCCUGCGUAGGUAACAUGCAUCAGACCUGAGGAAAACAGAGGGAUGGCGAAUACCUCACGGACAUCACGUCCUUCAAUAACGGACAAUUAACAAGUCAUACUUAGGAAUUUCUUCUGCUUUACACUCUCUGUUCAAAACCAUGGUUUACAUGAACACAGCUGCUCAGCGAGUGGAGGGGCAGGAUGGCUGUCCAGUAAGCACACGCAUGUCCAUGGGUGUCAGCUUUGCUUUCGCGGGUGAUCAGUGGCGGGGGAGCCGGGAGUUCCUUGCGAGUUCGAUGCAAACCACAAGACAUGGCAGCAGUUCCACAGAGAUACACAAACAACUACAAACUGCAAAAUCUGUACAUACUGCAUUUUAACAGGAGAAAAAAAAAGAAAAAA